GAAGCCAUUCGGAUAAGUUCCCAGUUCAGUACGGAAGUGUUGCAGUUGGAUAAAGUGUUUAAUGAUAAGAGUGCAGGCAACGGCUACAGCACAUUGUACCAGUAAAGUUAGAGAAAUCAGUUACUUAAAUAAAACAUAAAAAUGGGCAAAGGUUACACGUUGACCUUAGCAGUGAUCAUAUGCCUUGUGAAGUGCUGCUACACGAAUGAUGCCUCCGACGUAAAGCCAUUGACUGGUCAGACCUGGGCUGAUAAAUUGAAGAAAGAUUUGUUGGCCAACUAUGAUCGAAACAUUAGACCGGCUCAGCACUAUAACGUAACCAACGUUGACAUCAACAUGACUAUCACACAUGUGGACAUCGAUGAGGAAACCUCAAUUUUCUCUGUAUAUGGUUGGGUAAAAAUGCACUGGUUAGACAAACGAUUGAUUUGGGAACCCUCGGACUACGGUGGCCUGCAAACGUUUAUUGUACCAAGCUACUACCUGUGGGAUCCUGAGUUAAGUAUCCAUUCGACGACACUGGAAACGGCUGGCACAACUUUCUACGCGUCCACCAACAUUCGAGUAGAUAACCGAGGAAACCAUAGCUGCACGGUGAGGGUAAACCUGAAAACAUUCUGUGAGAUGAACUUCCGCAGGUGGCCCUUCGAUACACAGCAUUGUUCGGUUGUAUUGGGAAAAUCGGUUACCCGGGAAGAAGAGACUGUCCAAAUGAAUGUGCUGCCAGGGGAAAUAGUGCGAUCGAGCCAAAACAAUCCUAGCUGGAAAGUGAUUGACAUGCUAAUUGAAAGAUAUGAUAAUCCGAUGGAAGAGGAUCGUGGAUCGUUCACCGGUGUUCAGUAUGGGAUUAUAGCUCAACGGAAAGUAAAGAUAUUUCAUAGUACGGUCAUCGUUCCGGCUGUCGUUUGCAUUCUCAUGACACUGAUCAAUUUCUGGCUACCACCAAAGGCCACUGAAAAAGUAUUAUUGCACUGUAUAAAUGCAGCUAUAUUAUGUGCAUUCUUACUUUACUUUACGAUGCAUCUACCGCUGCUGGCUACUAGAACACCGUUAGUAGUACUAUUUUUCAGCAACAGUUUAUACUUGACUGCAUUCUGUAUGGUUAUGUCGGUCAUCACGAUGAACAUGGCUAAAUCUAAACAUCGGAAGCCUGUGCAUCCGUUUGUCAAAAGCUUCCUAACUCUUCCCGGUAUUAGUAUUUUAGUUUGGUCAGGAUCUAAUAUAAGGGAAAUUACUGAAGAUGAAGACUGGAACGAAGAAUUGAAAACGGACUCCUUGGCAGUGGAGUCGAGUUCUUCGGCGGAAGAAACGACAAAUGAAAAUAGAAAUCAAAUAGACUGGAUAAAAUUCGCAGUAGCUUUGGAACGACUUUGCUUCAUCGUUUACGUAUUUCUCUACAGUGUUAUGUCGGCUUGCUACUUGAACUAGUUAUUAUACAUAUAUUGACUACCGAAUCUAUUACAUAAACAAUAAUAAAAUAUUGACAUGAUUGUACUCUUUUAAUGAACUAUUUUUUACAAUUCUGCGA